UCUCGCAGGGCCCGGCCGCUGCCCCGCGGGGGGCGCUGAGAGGCGCAGAGGUGUUAGACUCCCCGCCCUCUGGGUACCUGGUGGGCUGGGGGACACCGUGCCGGGGGAAGGGCCCUUGCUCCGCUCCCCAGCCAGGUAACAGCUGCUCUCGCUGCCUCUUCCCCCUUCCGUGUGUGGGGUCAGCGAGAGAGAGACACGAAGCGAAGAUCCGUGUCCAUUCAGUGGACAAGAGCGGUUACGUGGGGGCGUGUUUGUCCCGUUCGCAGUGUGGGCCCAGCUGCUGGAGGGCUCUCCAAGUCUCCAGUGGCCUGAGGUGAAGAAAACAGUUGGCCUCGAGGAAACCUGCUGCCAGCAGCGAAGUCUUUCCUAGGGUUUAGCAUGAGAGCGGCUUUAGCACUAUGGGAUGGUCCUGCACAAAAAGAAUAACAGACAGCUCUGCAUCCAUUAAAAAAUAUUGUUUGUCCAUACAGGAAAGGGCACUGGAGGCCACUUUCUUAUGGGCUAUGUUCUCUUCUUUGAAUUAGUUCCUAGGAUUGGUCAAGGAUUAUAAUGCACCAGAAAUGAAUCAGCAGCACUGAAAGGUUUUUAUAUCUAUGUCAAUGAAGUCAUCCUCCCCCCCCCCUUGCUUUUCAGUCUUUGGGGGUGGGGGGCAUGAGGGCAGUUUCCCAGAAUGAACCUGAAAGGAACUUGUAAUCAUUGUGUUAAUUUGUAUAAAUACUAACCUAGUUUUUAGACUCUUUCUAGAUAAAGACAUUCAAAGGAGACGUAAGAGAGGCUAAAUUGCUAUUAAUGUACUGAUAGUAUCCAGGAAGAUACCAGUGACUUUACCACAUCAGCAUUCACAAUGUGAGGACUGUGACAUCAUAUAUAUACUUGAAAACUAAUCUAAUUAAAGAAGCUGAGAUCAGAAAGGACUAGAAAGAGUGUUUGUGUGUGUGCUUAUUUGUAAAAGAGUACAGGAUACCAUGGCAGAGACUUCAGUGGAUCGCUCGUCUUUACCUGUAAGAAGGAAAAAGAAAAGUUUAUCCAUUGAGGAAAAAAUGGACAUAAUAAAUGCUGUGGAAAGUGGCAAGAAAAAAGCAGACAUUGCAGCAAAAUACGGCAUAAAGAAAAAUUCAUUGUCUUCAAUUAUGAAGAAUAAAGAUAAGGUUCUAGAAGCUUUUGAGUCCUUACGAUUUGAUCCUAAAAGAAAAAGACUAAGAACAGCUUUUUAUACAGAUCUGGAAGAGGCAUUAAUGAAGUGGUACAGAAUUGCUCAGUGCUUGAAUGUACCAGUAAAUGGCCCAAUGUUGCGUUUCAAAGCUAAUAAUUUUGCUCAGAAAUUUGGACAUAGUGAUUUUAAGUGCAGUAAUGGCUGGCUUGAUCGUUUUAAAUCAAGAUAUGGUUUAGUAUUCAGGUCUCAGUCUACAGAACCUGUGGCUACUACAGCAGAUACUUUAACUGUUUGGUACCAAAAUGUUCUUCCUUAUUAUUUAAAUGAUUAUCAGCCAAAAAAUGUGUUUAAUGUAAAGGAGACGGGAUUGUUUUAUCGGAUGUUACCUAAUAAUACUUUUGCAUUUAAGGGGGAAACUUGUUCUGUUGGCAAACUAAGCAGAGAGAGAAUAACUGUAGUGAUUGGAACAAAUAUGGAUGGCUCUGAGAAACUUCCUUUGCUUGUUAUUGGCAAAAAUAAAAAUCCGCACUGCUUUAAAGAUGUGAAGUCGCUGCCUGUGGAUUAUGAGGCAAAUGAUAUGGCAUGGAUGACCUCAGAAGUGUUUGAACAAUGGAUGCAUAAACUUGAUGAAAGAUUUCAAGCACAGCAGCGGCGAGUAGUAUUUUUUGUUGACUCUUUCCCAGCUCACUCAGAGGUAAAGAAUCUAAAGUCUAUUGAACUGGUGUUCUUUCCUCCAUGCUCAUCAUCCAAAUUUAUAGCUAUGAAACAGGGAGUUAUAAGAAGUCUGAAAGUCAAAUACAGGCAUCGUCUUAUCAAGAGAUUUAUAGACUGCGUAGAAGGUAGUAAAGAGUUUACAUUGACUCUACUGGAUGCAGUUGAUAUGUUGCACCUAUGCUGGAGGAAUGUAACUCCAGAGACUGUUGUUAAAAGUUACAAAGAAGCAGGAUUCAAAUCACAAACAGGGGAAAAUGGUGACACAGACAGAGAGAUUGAAAGUGGUUUAGAUUUGAUUGCACAUGCAUUGGCAGCUGGGGUAGAGUUUCCAGGUUUAUCUUUGGAGGAAUAUGCAGCUUUGGAUGAUGACUUGGUAACAUGUGAAAUGCCCACAAAUAAUGAAAUGAUAUGGACCAAAGAAACCGCUUCAGUUAAAACUGAUAUGUUUGUUUAUGAUGAAGAGGAAGAGGAAGGUGAUGGAUGUCCAGGAAUUGAACAGCCUUUGCCAUCAAAAAAUGAGGCUCUGACUGCUUUAGAUACUCUUCGAAGGUUUCUCAGAAGUCAAGACAUGAAUGAGUCUCUUCAUAAUUCCCUAGCAGAUCUAGAUAAUUUUAUUCAGCGUGUAGCAUCUAAAUGAGGGUUUAUCCAAGUAUGAAAGCAUUUAAAUGGAAAAACUAGUUUUUAGCCAGUUAAAAACCAAAUAAAAACCUGUGGCACAGUUCUGUGGUUUGCUUUGCAAACAUAUGUAGGUAUGACAAAUACAAUUUAAAAUAAUGGAGCUCUGAACUGAGGUCUUCCAAGUAUAUGGGGAUGAUAAACUAAAAUUGGGUGGGAAGAGGGGUAACCAACCUUUGCGUAUUCUUGGGCCUUUUAACUUGAUAACUGUGGAAGGUACAAGAAAAGUAAAAAAUGAUUUUCCAGGUCAUAACUUGAGGCAGAUAUUGAACUGGCAGUUUGUUCCCUUUUUAUUGAUUCUCUCUCUCUCUUUCACACUCACACACACAGAGUUCCACUGAAGUUAGUGGAAGUUCGUAUUGUAUUUCAAUUGUAUUUCAAUAAAGGACUUUUACUCUGUUUUAAAAUACAAACAAAAAAAAAGUUUGAUCUCUUAGAUUACUAAGGCUUUUUUAAAUAUAGAACUUUCUUCUUGUUAAAGAAUCCUAGUGAUGAUACGUAGAUAUCAGAAUUUGUUUUUUAAAUGAAACUGUGGAAAAUGGGUGCUUGUUUUAUUUUUAAAAGAUAUGUUUGAUCUGGAUCUAUAUUAAUAGCACCAAUGUUUAAACAAAUAAAAACAAAUUUGAUUCUAUUUGAUGGAUUGUACAUCCGAGUUCAAAAUGGAGACCCAUUUCAAUCUUUUGAUAUCUGAAAUUUGGGUUUGAUGUAGACCCUUCUAUACUAUGUACUUCUAUAUUUUUCUGUGAUAAAUAGAACAAUUUAGGAUUAGUUUAUACAGUAUCUGCAUUUUAAAUCUCACAAAACUCUUGCUUUUACUGUAGUUAGUAACAGUAUUGAUCUAAACCAAGUAAAGUACGUAUUUGUGAAAUAUGUAGUAUGGAGGCUUUAUCUAAACUAGGAUUUUAUGCACCAGUGCAAACUCAUAAUGUGCAUGUGGUUUGAAUUGGUGCAAUUUACAAUGUGGUAAAUUACAUUGCGCUCCUAAACUGAGCCCAGAGUAAAGUGCAGCUACAUGAGUAGCCAAAAUCCCACUGUAGAUGAGGUCUAGCAUUUGUAAAAGUUAAAAACAAAAUGUUCAUUUUUAAGCAUAUUGUAGAUAUAUUUAUUACUUUAUCAAAAUAUUCAUAUUUUUAAAGUCAAUAACUUUUACGUUUUUCUGAUUUUGAGAAAAUACUAUAUUUUACAGGAGCACUUUAGAAAACCUAAGUUAUAUAGAAUCUAUUGCUGGAGCUAGUAUCUAAACCUUACUCCAUGUUUUUUUAAAAUUCUUGGUAUUUAAAUGUGCUGUUUCGAAAUUAAUAGUUUGAGUAAGACUAUAUUUAUGUUACAUUUAUAGGAUUCUGUAUCCAAUUGUAAAUACAAUGUUCUCUGGUAGCAGGGAUGUAUCAAAAUGUUACCUUACAAAUCAUGAUGUUCCUUUUCAUGUGACAGAUUUCCUAUGGCUAAAUUUUAUGAAUCUUUCAUGAGAAUUGUUAUCUACAACAAUAUUAAUUAUCUACUUUUUGGUUUCUUGUUACAAAAUGACUAAGAGUUCUAUCAAAAAUAUAAUUGGGCUCUUUUUCUGAAUGACAAAUACAGUCAACAUCUUACCCAGAGAUUUAUAGAUUAUGUGGAAAAUGCAUCCUGCUCCAUCAUCCUCUUAGAAUGCUGUUGGAAGAAUAUAGAUUUUUGUGGCUUGUAAAUUGGGAGGAUCGGUUGUGUCAGUCACUAAAUGCUUUAGACCCAACAUUUAGAAAACAUUACUUCUUAUGCAAGCUAAGGCUAUUUUAAAGCUACAGAAAAUGAAAUGUUAAAUACCAUAAAACCUGGGACUAAUUUUCCUUUAAUAUUAUUAUGAUUUGAAGCUUGUCAAAUACUUUGAUAUAUGUUUACUUUAGUGUGGCUCCAAUUAAAGCAAAAUCCCAGUGGUCUUGAUCCUGCAAGCCAAUCUACCGAGCAGACCCUGCAGCUGUGACCCAUUGAUGUCAGGGGGUCUCCAGGUGGGUGCAGGGACCACAUGCUUGAAAUACCUGGCUAACUAAGGAACCUGACCUUGCUUCCUUCUAAGUCAAUGGCAAAAUUUGCAUUAACUAAAUGGAGCAGGCUUGCACACUAAAUAGUGAAGAUGAAUUAUCUUUAUUGCCAGAUGUAAUAAGUGAGGGAUGUAAAGGGGGCAUGAACGCAACAGAAUUUUUAUUAACCCAAGGUCUUGUAGAAUAGUUGCAAUCUUUCUAAACCAAUUUAGAAGAUCAGGAGAAACUGAAAUAAGCAGGUCUGUGAACACCUAAACAAGCAAAGAUAACUGACAGCAAGAGGCACUAUAAUAAUGUUUUACUGAAAUAAUUUUAUGCAGAAUAGUAGCCUAGUAGCUCUUAUAAUUAUAAUUGGGAUUUUUGCUAUUUUGUGCAGGGGUAAUGUGUGACCGUGGGAAAUAUCAGAAAUUCAGGGACUUGAAAAGUCUGAGUUUAUUCAUGCUAACAAAACAAGGCAGGAGCAAGAAAUAACUUACUACUUUGGCCUUAGACAUUGAAAGUGAAUUGUAAAACUUUCAUUUAAAAAAACCUCUCAAGAUUCCAUAUUUUUGAUAUAAUUUAGAACUCAAUAUUUUCAAACCUCUUUUUUCAUGUUGAGGCCAGCUAGAGAACUCUUACAUUGAAAUAUUUUUGAAGUUAACCACAUUAGGCUUGAGUAAAAUUUUCAAAAGUACCUAAUUGACUUAAGAGCCAAAGUCCCAUUUGAAAAUGAGACUCAAACUUUUAAGUCAGAUGCUUUGGAAAAUUUUACUCUUGCUCUCAGAACACCAGCCAACACAAAAGUGAGACUGCUGCCACUGCCUAGCAACAGACUAGAAGCAGAACUUGCCAAUCAAACUGAACAAAUUUAUUGUCAUUUCAUUUCUGUUCACUUUUUAAAGUCUUUCAUAUAGUAAAAUCUCCACUGUUCACUAGUGUAUGUAGACUUAAAAAUUACAAAUAUUUGUUUUCAAAUAAUUUGAGAUUCUGUAUUGAAACUUAAAACAGAUUCAGCUGUUGUGUCAAGUGGCUGUAAUAUGAUCAACUGUUUCAGCAGGAAAAUAUUUUUCGAGUCUUGAGUGGUAAUGGUGAAAAAGGAAUUUGAAUAUGUAAGUAUAUUUUUAACUUUAGUCCACAUACACACUCAUGUAUGGAUAUAUUUUAAAUUGCUUAAUGUAAAUCUGCCAAGCACAAAAAGACUCUUCAUUUUAAAAAGGGGAGAGGAUGAAGGGAAUUGUGGCUUCAAACUGAAAAAUGUUUGAAAUUUUGAACAUUUAUAUAAAAGGCAGUUUGCUUGACUGGUCAUUCUCUCUAUUAGGCUACUAUUUUAUAUAUUUGUACAUUUAUUCCUCCAUAGUCAUCCUCUUGCUUUAGCCUUCCAUGAGUUGAUGAUUUUGUACUGUGAGAUUGCACUUUUCAAUUAAAAAAAAUCAGGUCUGCCACAGUCAGUACCAUAUCCUCACUGGUAGUCAGGUAAGAAGGGAAAGGGAGCAAUCUUAAGAACAUAAUUUCAAUAACUUGCAAACAAGGCCAGAAAAAUAAGAAAAAAAAGUAAAGGUAUGUUUGAUAUACUUGAAAGCCUUCUCCAGCUUAAAAGUCCAUUGUUUAAACUGGGUGUUUCAAGUUAAAUUUACUAUCUAAGACCACAUCCGCAGUAGAAAAUUUUAGUAAAAAUAACCCAUUGGGGGGAUUUUAUUCUUGUGGCACAUUUCUGCAAGGUUCUGAGAGGUUCUAAGAAUGCACAACUCCCUUUGAAGUUACUGGGACUUGAGGAUAGACAUCAAUAUCUGGACUCUAAUGCUUAUGGGAAAUUACUUGGAGAAAUUUUCUGUGCAUCCAGGGAUCAGCAAAACAGAGUGAAGCAGCUUGUUUGAGAAAUGUAGCCAUAUGCUCCCAUGUACAGAGAGAUGUAAUAUUCUGACAGCUAGGUAAGCUGGAAGUAAUAGAUCAGUAGUACUGGUUUUUAUUAUAUAUUAGCAUAUAUAAGUCUUGAGAGCCACUUUUUUAAAGGUACAAAAUUUUGUCCAUUAUGUUUUUAGUUGAAAAAUACUACAAAUUGUUAGUCCUGAUGUGUACAGUAGAAAACAUCACUUAUAUGCAAGUAUAGAUUUGAGUGACCUUGAUAUAGUUUUUCUGUGUUUUUUCUGAGGCACUGAAAAAGGAGAUAGUUCAAGUAUUUUAC